UGCUGCUUCCGAUGUGUUCCGCCCAACGGCUCGUGUGCAGUGUCGUGUCUGGUGCACGGUUUCAAGACUCGGUUCCAAUUCAUGACCCUCUUGCCAGAGGAAAAGAAGAGAGAAGAAAAGGGGGCACUGCUCAUAGUCAUCUGCCUCCAGCACGCACCAUCAUGCCUUCCACACCAGCUCCCGACCUGCCCCGGCCGCCCUUCAUCCAUGUCGACGGGCUGCCCAACUUCCGCGACGCGGGCGGCUACCCCGUCACCGACGGCAGCAGCACCGGCACGGGUGGCAAGAAGACGAUUGUGCGCAGAGGCGUCCUCUACCGCGCCUCGGAGCCCUCCAAGCUCUCCUCAGAAGGCGAGGCUCAACUCCGGGCCCUGGGCAUCCGCGAGGUCUACGACCUGCGGUCCGCCGUCGAGAUUGAGCGUGGCAUCCGCGAGGGUCACGGGUGGGCGAUUCGUGAAUGGGAGGGCGCCCGCCGCAACUUUGUUCCUGUGUUCCUUGACCAGGACUAUUCUCCCGAGGCCCUGGCGCUGCGGAUCAAGAACUACUCGGACGAGACGACUGCUGGCUUUGUUAAGGCCUACAUGGACAUACUCCACGCCGCCUCGGACAAGAACAACCAGUUUUCCCCAUUCAGGACUAUUCUAGCCCACCUCGCGGCUCCUCCGGCAGCAUCCUCAUCAUCAACACAAACACCGUCAACAUCGUCGUCGUCGUCAUCACCAUCACUACCAGCAUCCACAUCAGUACCAGUAAACCCUCCAGCAACCCCAGCAGCAGCAGCAGCAGCAGCAGCAGCAGGGCCGCAACAGACCUCUGGGCCUCCGCCGGUCCUCAUCCACUGCACGGCUGGCAAGGACCGCACCGGCGUCAUCUGCGCACUGGUCCUGUCGCUGUGCGGCGUGGCCGACCACGUCAUCGCGGACGAGUACAACCUGACCGAGCUGGGCCUGCGCGAGCGCCACGAGGAGCUGAUGCAGCACCUGCUCAACAACCCGAGCAUGGCGGGCAACGUGGCGGGCGUGCGGAGGAUGAUUGGGGCGCAAAAACCAUCAAUGCUUGGCACCCUCGCCCUGAUCCGCGAGAAAUACGGCUCCAUCCACGACUGUGUGGUCAAGCUCGGCCUCUUGUCCCCAGACGAAAUCAUCCAGCUGCGGGACAACCUCGUCGUGGACGCCAACGAUGACGACGUGGACGAGGAGGUCCUGCCGUUGCCAUUGCCGUUUCCGUUACCGGGCGGCGACGCUGCCACGACUCUCGUCUGAUGAAGACGAAGAAGAAGAAGAAGACACUGCCUCGUCCCGCCCGCCGCCGCCGCCGCCCGCUCUUGGUCCGUGGUUGCCCGUUCAGAAACAUGGGCGUUGAGGCUUGAGGACCACUUGGAACGGAACUGUCAAUCGUGGCCCCUUGCUACAGAGCCUUAAGCGAGCGGUUUUGUUUGCACGUAUCUGAAAGCAUGAAGCAGAGCAAGUCUGUGACGGGAACGACUAAGAGGUCACAAAAACAACAAAAACAAAAGUGAAAUUGACGGCACAGAAUCAUUAGACGCGCAUUAUUAGUGGCUUCCGCGUAGCAUUGAUAGACCAGAGUCACCGAAAGGGGAGCAUCCCAUGGGCACAUGAGGCACGACGAAAG